GCAGUGCUUGUGUAGCGGCUGGUUUCAGAGCAUUUCCAGUCCAGACCGAGUCUCCUGGAUCUCUCCUGCGUUCUCUACACUGCAACACUAAACAUCACUCUGACUGCAGGACACAGCGGGGACAUGGAGAUAAACAGGCGGGGGGGACACACAGAACACGGGCAGAAAGUCGUCCUAAAAUGCUAAAGGACAAAUCAAGAGACGAGAAACAAAAACACAGUAGAACUAGAAGGCGAUAAGGUUUUAUCUGUCUCUCCAGGAGUCUCUCUUUAGUCCUCUUUGUUUUGGGGAAGAAAAAGAAGAAAAAGUUGAAAGUUGAAGAACUUGUUUAUUUGCCGGCGGGAACUGAACCAGAAACACUUUUGAGGAAAAUGGGGGAACAGCCUCUGUUUAGCACGAAGGCGCACGUGUUUCAGAUUGACCCGGCCACUAAGAGAAACUGGAUUCCAGCCAGCAAGCAUGCAGUCACUGUCUCUUUCUUCUAUGAUGCCAGCAGGACUGUGUAUCGCAUUAUAAGUGUAGGAGGCACAAAGGCGAUUAUAAACAGCACUGUGACACCCAACAUGACCUUCACCAAGACAUCACAGAAGUUUGGGCAGUGGGCAGACAGCAGGGCAAACACUGUGUAUGGAUUAGGCUUUUCUACAGAGCAGCAUCUUCAACAGUUCUCAGAACAGUUCAAAGAAGUCAAAGAGGCUGCACGACUUGUGAGGGAGAAAUCGCAAGAGAAGUUUGAGCUGAUCAGUCCUGGUUUAAACAUCUCAUCUCUACAGGGCCUGUCUGAAGAUCGCCACGCUACAGCCGCAUUUCUGUGUGUAAAUGGCUCUGGGGAGGACAAGCUAUUUCGGAGCAAGAGCGCAGACCUGGAACCGACCAUGAAGAAGGAGUAUGUAAAAAAGAUACAUUCUGAAGGAUCCAUAUGUGAGACAAGCAUGGAGACCGAGCUAUUCACUCUGAGGGAGAGCAACUCCAAGCUUGUCACGGCUCUCCGGGAAGCCAACAGCAGCAUCGAACAGUGGAAAAGUCAGCUCACUGAGUAUCAGCAGGAGACGCACAGACUCAGAGACCAGGUGGCCGAGCUGGAAUCGAGCUCAAGUGGAAAAGCUGCAUCGUGUGAGAACAGAACCAUGGACCUCUUUCAGUCUGUAGAAGACAUGGAGGCCAUUCUAAAGGCUAAAGAUGAAGAAAUUACAAAGCUACAAAGCAGUAAAUCUGAUUUCCAAGAUCUGGAGAAGGAGAGGGAAGAGAUUACUAAAAGAAUGCAGGAGCUGGAGCAGAGGAACCUCGAGCUGGAACAGCAAGUGCAGAAAGCGGAGCAGAAACUGGCGUCUUCGCUGGACGCACGGCAGCAGGCGGAGAACGAAGUGCGGAAAGUCAUCGAAGUGCUGGACGUCAAGAUUUGUGACCUGAACAGCCUGAGAAAGAGCCUGGCCACCUUUCUAGAGAAAUAGCAGCCUUGAUAUCGGGCACCAGACUGAUGAAUCAUACAGGCGUGUAGAGAUGAAGCAUGCCACUUAAUUCCUAUUAAACAUGCAUCAGCUACACUACUUUCUUCAAAUCUCAGAGGAGGCUUGGUAACACUGCACCGCACUUCGUCACUAAACCUUAGAGGCAGAUACCAAGAUUGGGGUUUUAUUCUUCAUCAUUUCCAUUAGCUCUUGUGAAAAAAAACAAGCAUGCUCUUUGUUACGCAUUUAGUUCUCAUCCCUUUCUUCACUCUCUUCACGACCUGAUAGAUCAUCAGCUCCUGUGAGGAAGCAAAACAGCACCUUGUUGUACAAAACUGGACUGAAAAGUGAUGUGAAGUGAAAUAUUAGCUCUAUAUACAGUACAACAAUCCUGCUAAAAGGUACACAAAAAAGAUUCCAGGGUUUGUUUUGUUGAUUUGAUGAUAUUUCUCGAAUGCAGUACAGUACAGUACUGUGCACCUGUCUCGAGCCACCCCUCUUUUCUUCAUAUUAAGCGAAUGAAAUUAUAAACAAAUAGGAACAUGUUUUACUGCAACUUGAAGAUCUAGGGUUGAGGGUUCAAUUCCCGUCUCAGGUCUGUGCAUCUGUGCAUGGAGCAUAUUUUUCCCUGUCAUCAUCUGCACCCGUUUCUCACUGGUUCAUGUCUUAAUUGGAUAUUUCUUAUUCUUGAAUAGUUAAUGGGUCACUGUGUGGCUUAACAAACCAAAUUAAUUGGUCAGGUACAGGGACUGGACUGAAAAUAUGGGGCAAAAAAAGUCGUUCAGGAAGCCUGGAGAACUGUUUCUCAAGAAAAUACAAGAAUGGCCGACUCUUUGGAAGUAAAAUAUAAAGGAAUAAAUGGGGCUCAAGACUUUUGCACAGAACUGUUCUUUUUCUAUUUAAGAGCACAAUGACAAUAAUAGUGGAGUACAUGUUGGGAGAUUUGCAUUAAGAAGUAAACUGGGAUUAAACUAAAGGUCCAAACUAGAUCUCCUUUAAACUUUGUAAUACAGUAAUAUGUAAUAAGAUGUACAUUGCAGAUAUAUGUGUAUUAUAAACUAAUGAAUGAUUCAAAGGAUGUAUAGUUACAGAAACGCUACUACUCCAUAUAAUAGUGUUUAUUUGUUGAAGUCGAGCUUGUAGCAAAGAUCUAUGUAAAUUUUUUGACGGUCUUCAUUACCUCUGCCAGAGGUUCAGACAGAUGGAGCUUUAGCAACUAUAAUGAUGAAACACUAGGCCAUUAGUUUACAAGUACACUCAGUAUUAGUUUCCACUCUUAUCAUUAUAAAUGCUGCUUUCCUUUUCACUUCUAAUGGGUUUGGAAAUCUUUAUAUUAUUAUCUACCAUUGCCCAAAGUACACGGACACCCGCUACACCCGUAUGUGGGUCUACCUCAAAUUCGGAAGCACACGAUUGUACAGAAAGUCUUAAAAUGCUGUACCAUCAUGCAGAGAGCUCAGACAUGUUUCAGCAUGAAAGUCCUUCUCUACAAGGCACAGUACAUAAAGACAUGAUUUGCUAAGGUUGGUGUGAAAGAACCCAAAUGACCCGAAUACAGAGCACUAAUCAUAGCCUUACUGAACACAUUAGCCCCGACAGCCAUCAUCCAAUGUGUAGUAGACAUCCGUCCCAGAACAUUGGGAGGUUAUCAGGAAUAGGGUGUUUAACGAGCACGUUUAAUAUAAAUGAUUGAGUGUCCACAUACUUUUGGUCAUUUACGUACAGGGUAUGAGACAGCUUGGACAUCUUAAAAAAACCUAUUUCCAUAAAGGACGUUCCUGUGAACAGAAUUUCUCUUCAGUGCUUUUUGCAUUUAUCGUACUUAUUACUGCAUCUGAUUUGACGCCUCCUUUAAUUUCCAGAUAAAUAACUUUCAAAUAUUACUGCUUGCCCUUUAAAAUUCUUCACACAGUAUGCUGUAACUUCCUUCUCAAAGACUUUAUACUAACGCUAUGAAUUCAUAAGAUUGAUUGUUAGAUGUGAAUUUUGCAUAUUUGGAUAAAACAUGGUAUUUCUACUAACACCAGUUAAACAGAUACAAAGGUUAAAAAGGCGGAUGACCUGACCUUCAUGUCAAUGAUCAUUACCAUUGUCAAAACUUGGGUGUAUGGGUACGACGACAGAAACAGAGCUUGUAAACAGAGUUGAGGGUUAAACUUAAGGCUGUAUACCAGAUCUCUUCUCUUCCCGAUUGAACUAGAAAUGUUGAUCAUUUUUGGUAUAACUAUUCCUCCCUGAGCAGCUCUUUGCCCUUCCGUUCACAAUAACGGCUAUGAUUUGCAUAAAUACAAUUUUGUAAUGUUGGAAUAUGAGAAAUCUUUAUAUUAACAAUAAAAGGUACUGAUUUGCCUUCUGUGAAAAA